GGCGAAUCUGAUCGUCUAUAAGAGCAGACAGGAGGCAGGCAUGGCUAUAGGGUUUUCAUGCACCUCCUAAGCAGUACUGGUUAUUGCACGCGCUCUCUGCACGAUGACCACAGAAGAUAUGCAGGAAUCACAUCGCUCAGACCACUCAAACACUCAUGUCUCUCGUGAUAUAUCAACCGAUCCUACUCAAGCUGAGGUCAAUCCUCUGGAUCUACUCCACCACCAGGCGACCGAUAGCGUCAGCAUGGAAGAGUGCACAAGGGAAACCAAUACAGGCGAGAUCAUCAAGCCAAUCCAAUCUUUCAUCACAGGUAAAACGGAAGACUGGAAGCUCGUAACUUUCAGGAUUGAUGAUACCGAGGACCCCAAAAAUUGGUCUAAACCCUUCAAAUGGUAUUGUACAAUGAUAGUGUCUUUCGCAUGUUUUGUGGUCACUUUCUCUAGUAGUGUCAUCACGGCGGACAUUGAAGGCCCGGCAAAAGCAUUUGGCGUCUCUCGGGAGGCCAGCACUGUUGUUGUGACAGUGUUCGUCAUUGGUUUUGGUGUCGGUCCAAUGGCAUUUGCCCCCUUGUCCGAAAUGGUUGGCCGGCGGGUUGUAUAUGCAACUACGCUCCUGUUGGCUGUCAUAUUUAUUAUCCCAUGUGCUGUCGCUCCAAACAUUGGAACACUCAUUGUCUGCAGAGCGAUCGAUGGGAUUGCGUUUAGUGCUCCCAUGACGCUAGUUGGCGGUACUUUGGCUGACCUCUGGGAUAAUGAAGAACGAGCAGUACCCAUGGCAGCGUUCUCAGCUAGUCCAUUUCUUGGACCAGCUAUUGGACCUCUAGCUGGUGGCUUCCUUGCGGAUGCUACCAACUGGAAAUGGCUAUACUGGCUGCAAUUGAUAUUGGCCUUUGUUGCUUGGAUUCUGAUCACCUUUACUGUACCCGAGACAUACGCACCGACUCUUCUCAAAAAAAGGGCCAAGAAACUGAGGAAUCUUGAAAAUGACCAUGGCUAUGUGGCAGAAGUAGAACUGGAUCCUCGAACAAUGGGCGAGAGGUUGCGGGUCUUUCUCUUCCGCCCGUUCGAGCUUCUGUUUCUGGAGCCUAUUGUCCUGUUUAUUUCACUUUACAUGUCGGUAUUAUACGGUCUACUGUACAUUUUUUUCGUUGCCUACCCUGUGAUAUAUUGCUCUGGAAAGGGGUGGAGCGCCAGUGCCACUGGCCUGAUGUUCAUACCUCUUGCAAUUGGUGUCCUCAUGAGUGCUUCAUGCGCACCUUUCGUCAAUAGACACUUCCUAUCCAUAUGUGCUAAGCAUGGAGGAAAGCCUCCUGCCGAAGUUCGUUUAAUCCCGAUGAUGCUUUCUUGUUGGUUUAUACCCCUAGGCCUAUUCAUAUUUGCUUGGACAUCGUACCCUCAUAUCCACUGGAUUGGACCUGCAAUUGGAGGAUGGCCAGUGGGGUUCGGCAUCAUCUUCUUGUACAACUCAGCCAACAACUACCUCGUGGAUACGUACCAGCACCAAGCUGCGUCUGCUCUCGCUGCCAAAACAUUCCUUCGCUCAAUAUGGGGGGCGUCUACCGUCCUCUUCACUGAACAGAUGUAUGAUCGUCUCGGGUACCAGUGGGCAAGCACAUUGCUUGCUUUCAUUGCCCUGGCCUGCUGUGCGAUACCAUACGUUUUCUACUUCAAAGGGGCCUCCAUUCGAGGUUUCUCACGACAUGCCUCUAGUAGCGAUGAGGAAAAGGUCGAGAGAGAUCAAUUAGACACGCAGUGCCAUUGGUGA